AUGGCCAAAAUCUUCCUCACCGGCGCCACCGGCUUCAUUGGCGGCGACACGCUGCACGCGCUGUACGGGGCGCACCCGGAAUACGCCAUCUCGGCACUCGUCCGCGACCCGGCGAAGACGGCGGCGGCCUUCGCGAAGGAGUAUCCAAACGUGCGCGCCGUGCAGGGGAAUUUGGAUGAUGGGGAGCUGAUCGCCGAGGAGGCGGCGGCGGCGGACGUUGUGAUAACCCACCUCCUCCAAAUCUCCGGCGCCACCCUCCUCGCCACCACCGAAAUCCUACUCCACCGCUUCGGCGAGCCGCCCUCCCCCGCCACCUCCCCCACCUACAACGACCUCGACGGCGCCCCCGCCAUCUGGACGCAAAUCGCCAAAUACCCCUCCCGCGCCGUCGACAACCACAUCCGCGCGCUCGCCUUCAGCGGCGACGCAGACACGAUGCGCACGGCGCUGCUCGUCGGGCCGAUCAUUUUCGGUGCUGGCCGCGGACCGGGGAAUGGGCGCAGCGUGCAGGUGCCGGAGUUGGCGCGGACGGCGGUCGAGAGGGGGCGCGCGUGGAGGGUGGGGAGGGGGCUGGCGGAGUGGGAUAGCGUGCACGUGGGGGAUGUGAGCGAUUUGGUGGUGAGGCUGGUGGAGAGGGCGGUUGAGGGGCGGGUGGAUGGUGCUGGCGGGGUGUGGGGCGUCGAUGGGGUGUAUUUUGCUGGGGGUGCGGGCGGUCGCGUGCCUUUUGGCGAGAUUGCGCAGAGGGUUGCUGCUGCGGCGCGGAAGCUGGGGCUGGAUGUGGACGAGGAGGUGGAGGCGUUGGCGGCGGAGGAGGCAGAUAAGGUUGUGGGGCACGCGAGCGUCUUGCUGGGGACGAAUGCGCGUGGCGAUGCGAGGAGGGCGGCUGAGAAGCUCGGGUGGAGCCCGAAACACGGGAGCUUGCAGCAGGCGAUUGAGCAGACGAGCUCGUCGCUGGACAUGAUUGUGCAAUUGCUGUCGCGCAUUACCAUGGCUCUCUCCGUCGACAUCACCGCCCCCAACGGCCGCAAAUGGACCCAGCCGCUGGGCUUGUUCAUCGACAACGAGUUUGUUCCUUCGCAGUCCGGGAAGAAGCUUGCAACUAUCGAUCCAGCCACCGAGAAUGAAAUCACCUCCGUCUUCGCCGCCCAGGAGGAAGACGUCGACAAGGCCGUGCGCGCAGCCCGAGCAGCCUUCGACGGCCCAUGGCAAGAAGUCUCUGCCACAGAGCGCGGUCGUAUGAUUGUCAAGCUCGCCAGCCUGAUCGAAGAGAACGCCGAGCUCUUUGCCACAAUCGACACCCUCGACAAUGGCAAACCCUACAAAGUCAUGAUGGAAGACGACCUCCCCGAAGCCUUCAACACCAUCCGCUACUACGGCGAAUGGUCCGACAAGGUCGCCGGCCAGACCAUCUCCACCACAAACUCCAAAUUCGCCUACACCCUCCGCGAACCGCUCGGCGUCGUCGGCCAAAUCAUCCCCUGGAACUACCCCCUCAGCAUGGCCGCCUGGAAGCUCGGCCCAGCCCUCGCCUGCGGCAACACCGUCGUCAUCAAGGCCGCCGAGCAGACGCCCCUCAGCAUCCUGUACCUGGGCAACCUGAUCCGCCGGGCCGGUUUCCCCCGCGGCGUCGUCAACAUCAUCAACGGCACCGGCCGCGACGCCGGCGCCCCGCUGGCGAACCACCCGGACGUCGACAAGGUCGCCUUCACCGGCUCGACCGCCACCGCCCAGGGCAUCAUGAAGGCCGCCGCCGGCACCCUGAAGAACAUCACCCUCGAGACGGGCGGCAAGAGCCCUGCCCUCGUCUUUGCCGACGCAGACAUCGCCCAGGCCGUCCGCUGGGCCCACAUCGGCAUCAUGGGCAACCAGGGCCAGGUGUGCUCCGCGACGAGCCGCAUCCUCGUCCACUCCACCAUCCACGACGACUUCGUGCGCCGCUUCAUCGCCCACGUGCAGACGACCAGCGUCGUCGGCGACCCGUGGCACGCCGACACCUUCCAAGGCCCGCAAGUCACGCAGGCCCAGCUCGACCGCGUGCUAUCCUACGUCGACGUCGGCAAAGCCGAAGGCGCGACGCUCGCGCUCGGCGGGACGCGCGUCCGCGAUAAAGGGUACUUUGUCGCGCCCACCGUCUUCACCGACGUGCGGCCCGAGAUGCGGAUCUGGCACGAGGAGGUGUUUGGGCCGUUUGUCGUGGUGGCGAAGUUUGGGAGCGACGAGGAGGCGGUGAGGCUGGCGAAUGGGACGACGUAUGGGUUGGGGGCGGCCGUGUUUACGAAGGAUUUGGAGAGGGCGCAUAGGGUGGCGCGGAGGGUGAAGAGCGGGACGGUGUGGGUGAAUAGUAGUAAUGAUUGCGAUUUUAGGGUGCCGUUUGGGGGGUACAAGCAGAGUGGCGUGGGGAGGGAGUUGGGCGAGGCGGGGCUGGAGGCGUAUACCCAGGUCAAGGCUGUGCAUGUGAACUUGGGGGAGUAG